AUGCAGGUUGCCACGAUGCAGAGCGCGGCUCGCGCGCAGAGACUGGGUGCUGCGGUGCGCCGCGGCAAGCAGGCCCGCCGGCAGGUGGUGGUGCAGGCCGCCUCUGACACCAAAUUUGCCGACUACCAGCCCAAGGUGGCCUUCUUCUUCCCCGGCCAGGGCGCGCAGACGGUGGGGAUGGGCAAGGAGGUGGCGGAGGCGGUGCCCGCCGCCAGGCAGCUGUUUGACCGCGCCUCUGACAUUCUGGGCUACGACCUGCUGGCGGUGUGCGCAGAGGGCCCCAAGGACAAGCUGGACUCCACCGCCGUCAGCCAGCCCGCCAUCUACGUGGCCAGCCUGGCGGCGCUGGAGAAGCUGCGGGCAGAGCAGGGGGAGGAGGCGGCGGCCGCCGCCGACGUCUGCUGCGGCCUGUCCCUGGGCGAGUACACGGCGCUCACCUACGCCGGCGCCAUCAGCUUUGACGACGGCCUGCGGCUGGUGAAGCUGCGCGGGGAGAGCAUGCAGGCGGCCGCGGACGCGCAGCCCUCGGGCAUGGUGUCGGUCAUCGGCCUGUCGGCAGACAAGGUGGCGGAGCUGUGCGAGGCCGCCAGCCAGGAGGCGCCGCAGGGGCAGGGCGUGCGCAUCGCCAACUUCCUCUGCAACGGCAACUACGCGGUCAGCGGCGGCAUCGCGGGGUGCGAGGCGGUGGAGCGGCUGGCCAAGGGGUUCAAGGCGCGCAUGACGGUGCGGCUGGCGGUGGCGGGCGCCUUCCACACCGACUUCAUGGCGCCGGCCCGCGAGCAGCUGCAGCAGGCGCUGGCGGGCACGACCAUCCAGGAGCCGCGCAUCCCCGUCAUAUCUAAUGUGGAUGCUGCCCCCCACUCCGACCCCGACACCAUCAAGAAGAUCCUGGCACAGCAGCUGACGGCGCCGGUGCAGUGGGAGACGAGCGUGAAGACGCUGCUGGACAGCGGGCUGGAGCGCAGCUACGAGAUCGGGCCCAACAAGGCAGGCCGCCUGCGGGGCGUCAUCGCCGGCAUCAUGAAGCGCAUCGACAAGAAGCACAGCAUCGAGAACAUCACCGUCUGA